AUGUCAUACUGUUGCUUGCCUGGUUGCAAGUCUGACUCUAAGAACAAAGUCAAAGGCAUCUCGUUUCAUGAGAUAAGUGAGGAGCGACUUCGAGUACAGUGGCUGAAAGCCAUCUCUCGGCCUGACUGGUGCCCAAAAACAUAUCCAUCGGUCUGCAGCCUCCAUUUCACGCCUUCCGAUUUCAAAGAAAGUUGCAAGACACGUCGGCUGAAAAGGGGUGCGGUUCCGAGUGUGUUUGAAGACACGUAUUGCAGCCCUCCAGCUCCAAAGAAGAAAAGGGACGAGGACGGAGCUGCACAGACUAAUGCCAAUAUUCCGCAGACUUUCUGCGUUUUGCAGCCGCCACUUACUGUCCAUGGCGUGGAGUUUGUGCAAGAGGGGCGAGUUUUCAGCUCCCCAUCGUCGCAAGGUUCCGGUCUCAAUAGCGGCUGUGCAGACGUGAACGUUUUCUCGCAAAGCGUAAAUGUGACACCCACGCUAAAGGACCAAGCCGUCCAAGUCGACAUUAAAGCCCGCACGUCCGCAUCUGUGCUCGAACGUCGCAGGGGGUUACGUAAAGAGAGAGACUUAAAAUCCCGGAUCAGGAAGCUGCAGUUUUCGCUUGAUAGCGUUAAAACUGAACUGAAGAACUUGAAGGAGGGAAGGAAUGCGUCUCAAUAUCUAGAUGUGGUAGCCGCCGCUGAGACAAAAGACGACCGGGCAAGCUUCCUGUUGGACCAGGUCAAAAAUUUCAAACGGAAGACACCAUCAUGGUACGACCUGACCUUGCGCCAUGCCGUUGUGCUGAAGAGCCUGUCCACGCAUGCUUACCUGAGGACCUCUUAA